CAACACUCGAUCAUGCAGCAAGAAAAAGAUAUGAUGACAGCACUGUAUUGUCAGAUGGGGACAUGUAAAACGACCUUCUCAAUUGGUUGCUCUCUAAAAUAAGACUGCUUUCCUUUAAUUUGAAGCCUUCCCAAACUCUGCGACUUCUCCGUGAUCAUCUCAGCUUCAGACCAAACUUGCAGAAUCUGAGUCCACAAUCCUCCAGUCUGAAUUCUUCAGCUCAACCAGCUUCAUCUCAUUUGGAGUCCACGAUCGUCUAGUCUGAGUUCUUCAGCUCAGCCAGCUUCAUCUGUUCACAGAUGGGAGCGUGCUUCAGCAAAAGCAAACACUCGGUGGCAACAAGAGAAAUCAAUGGCCACUCCUACCAGGAGCCAACGCCGUUGCCGCCACAGUACCAGCCUCCUCCUCCUCCGCAGGCCCAACCGCAGGCGCAGCCACCACCGGCCUCCAAGGGCGUGGUCGCUCCCAACGCCAUCCUCGGGAAGCCCUUCGCGGACGUGAGGUCCUUGUACAGCCUCGGGAAGGAGCUCGGCCGUGGCCAGUUCGGCGUCACCUACCUCUGCACCGAAACCGCCACGGGCGCCCAGUACGCGUGCAAGUCCGUCUCCAAGCGGAAGCUGGCCACCAAGAGCGACCGCGAGGACAUCAAGAGGGAGAUCCAGAUCAUGCAGCACCUCACCGGGCAGGCCAACAUAGUGGAGUUCAAGGGGGCUUACGAGGACCGGAACUCGGUGAACCUGGUCAUGGAGCUGUGCGCCGGCGGCGAACUGUUCGACCGCAUCAUCGCCAAGGGGCACUACUCGGAGCGCGCGGCGGCGGCCAUCUGCCGCGCCAUAGUGAACGUGGUCAACAUCUGCCACUUCAUGGGGGUGAUGCAUCGAGAUCUGAAGCCAGAGAACUUCCUGCUCGCCACCAACGAGGAGGACGCCAUGCUCAAGGCCACCGACUUCGGCCUCUCGGUCUUCAUCGAAGAAGGCAAAGUGUACAAAGAUAUCGUGGGAAGUGCUUACUACAUUGCUCCUGAGGUCCUAAAGCAACGUUAUGGGAAGGAGAUAGACAUUUGGAGUGCAGGUGUUAUCCUCUACAUUCUUCUCAGUGGCGUGCCUCCAUUUUGGGCUGAAACCGAAAGAGGAAUCUUUGAUGCUAUUUUGAAGGGAGAGAUCGACUUUGAGAGUGCGCCAUGGCCAUCUAUAUCGAGCAGCGCCAAAGACCUGGUCAUGAAGAUGCUGAAACAGGACCCCAAGAAAAGAAUCACUGCGGCUCAAGUUCUUCAGCACCCAUGGAUGGUAGAAGGUGGAGAGGCAUCAGACAAUCCUAUAGACAGCGCAGUGCUCUCGAGGAUGAAGCAGUUCAGGGCCAUGAACAAGAUGAAGAAGAUGGCGCUCAAGGUCAUUGCUGAGAACCUUUCGGAAGAAGAGAUCAAAGGGCUGAAGCAGAUGUUCACCAACAUGGACACGGACAAGAGUGGCACGAUCACAUACGAUGAGCUGAAGACGGGAUUGGCUCGCCUCGGCUCGAAGCUAUCAGAGGCUGAGAUAAAGCAGCUCAUGGAUGCUGCCGACGUGGAUGGGAAUGGAAGCAUCGAUUACAUCGAGUUCAUCACCGCCACGAUGCAUCGGCACAAACUGGAGAGGGAGGAGCAUCUGUAUCGAGCGUUUCAGUACUUCGAUAAGGACCGCAGCGGGUUCAUCACCAGAGAAGAACUGGAAUCAGCCAUGAAGCAACAUGGAGUGGGUGAUGCAGACACGAUCAAGGAAAUCAUAUCGGAAGUCGACGCAGAUCAUGAUGGAAGGAUCAACUAUGAGGAGUUUUGCUCGAUGAUGAGGAGUGGGAUGCAGCAGCCAGUGCUGCUGGUGUAGUAGCUUCUUCCGGUACGAAUGAAUCAAGUGGUGCAGAAAUCUAGCUGUAGAUGUGUAGCUUGCAAUCAAUCAUCCUGUUCUGUUCUUCACAAUUGUUAUGUCAAUAUGGGCUUGGUUGGUCAUCUGCUCGAACAAGGAUAUGAGGAACAACAUAAGCCAUGUUGGACAAUGUUGUAUUCAGAGCUCUUAAAUAAGGCUUAAUGAAUCCAGGAGCAGUAGCUCUUCAAAA